GUCACGUGGUGCGUCAGUCAGCUGACAACGAGCUCCCGGUUGUUAGUCUCCGCCGAACGACCUCCGCUAAAGCCCGUACGGACCUGCAGAGGUACGACGGUAAUUUGUCGCUUCAUCCGGCCAUGGCGAGUCAGUCCCAGGGAAUCCAGCAGCUGCUGCAAGCCGAAAAGCGAGCGGCCGAGAAGGUGGCGGAGGCCCGUAAACGUAAGAACCGGCGUUUGAAACAGGCCAAGGAAGAGGCACAGGCUGAGAUCGAGCAGUAUCGUUUGCAGAGGGAGAAGGAGUUCAAGACAAAAGAGGCUGCGGCCCUCGGUUCCCAUGGUAACUCAGCAGUGGAAGUGGACAAGGACACCCAUGACAAGAUGAGCCGCAUCCAGAAGAGCUACCAGCAGAACCGUGAGGCGGUGCUGGGAAAUCUGUUGCAGAUGGUGUGUGACAUCAAGCCAGAGAUCCACGCCAACUACCGCGUGGCUGGAUAAAUCAAGCCUGUAGCUCCCAACAGACACUUCUGGAAGCGCUGGAAUAAAGACUCCCAUUACACAGGAAUCAGGGACACUGAUAGCUUUAUUAAUCUGCACAUAUCCAUCGCGGUCACCUGUAGCUUUUUCAAGUUUGUUUCUGUUUUCCUUGCCAUCGUAUGCUAUUUCUUGCAAUACAAUAUGUGCACUGAUGUUAAGUUUUCCCACAACAGACAGAACUUUUAUCAUGAAAAGGGACCUCUUUUGUUUGAAAAAUUGUGGAAAGUAGCGGUACCUGUAGUAUGAUUACUGAAAGGCAUGUGCCUAAUAAAAGGCAAACGUUUUGCCUGUUAAAUAGUUUGCGUAUGUAUUUGAAGUUCAGUCUGAGCUGAGAAGACCAUUUUGAUCUGGGUAAAAGAACAUUGUUGGAUCUGUCAUUGCCUCUAUUCAGUGAAUUGGGAGUCUCUGUCUGUGCUGCUUGUAUAACUGUCUAGGAUCGUGAAGAGUGUUAUUGUGGGGGUUGUUCCGAUAUGUGUGUGUCUUGCUAUGCAAUGUCCUGUUUUUUCAUUUGCAUUCAGAAAUUUUGGUUAUAUUGUUGAAAAGAACUGCAGUAGCUCCCUAAUGCAAUAUUUCUCUGUAUUGUUAGGAAACCAUGAGAAGUCCCUUUUGUUGUUAUAAUCUAGUUUAAAUGUGGUCAUAUUUCCACUAACAUUCACUCCUCUUCAGUGUCUGGGAUUAUGGGUAGCUGACAUUCCACUGUAGAAAACUACUGUAUCCAGAAAGUAGAAAAAGUAUAAAUAUGUAGUGGUUUGUUUUUGGAAUAAAUUAUUGUAAACCAUUGCUACAUCCUCUUCACUUAAAAUGAACCUCGCUCUCCUGUUGCAGUGGUGAUACAUAUGCUGUCACGUGGUUACUUCUAUGCUCACAUAAAGCAUUUGAGUGCAUGCUAGCUCAAAAUUCCAUACAUUUCUAAAAUUCCACAAAGUCAGCUAUGUCCCCCUGUCUGGUUUUGUACAGAUAUAUAACAACAAUGAGAACUGUAAUUAAAAAUACCCUGUACCUUAUACCUUAUUGGU